CAGGUCUUGAGAAACUAGGCAAAGGAGACUGGCGUGGCAUCUCACGCAACUUCGUCACAACAAGAACUCCAACCCAAGUUGCAAGCCAUGCCCAAAAGUAUUUUCUCAGACAAACCAAUCCCAACAAAGAAGAAACGCCGCUCUAGCCUCUUUGAUGUGGUUAAAAGUUCAGACAAGUUCACAACUCCAAAGCUCAUACAAGAUUCAUUCACUCUUUCUCUUGCUCCAUCAUCAAUAAUGAGUUCUUCAAGUACUCUUGAUCAUCAUCAUCAUCAUCAUCAACAACAACAACAACAACAACCACCACCACAACAACCACCACAGCUUGAUCUAGAGCUUAGCAUCUCCUCCCCUGGCAUUGGCACUGUUAGAGUUACCUAAAGUACGUAGUAGAUCUGAAGAAUCAAUUAAGGAAAUGUAUAACUACUUAUAAUUAAUAUAUAUUUCAAUGUAUUUUCUUAUGUUUUAAUUAGUAUGAUCAUUAUAAGUAACAAUAACAACAAGAGAGAGUUUGUUGUUUUGUGA